GACGCUGCUGUGACCGACCAGGCUCCAUCAACCUGCAGUCACUGCGGUCCAGUCAUGGAGGUCCCGCUGUUGCUUCUACUGCUCGCGCUCACCGCGGCUCCGACCACCGCGCUGGACUCUAACGUCACUUUCCUCUCAGAUGCCAUCGACUACAAGGAUCCCUGCAAAGCUGCUGCCUUCUUGGGAGAUAUCGCUUUAGACGACGAAGAUCUGCUCAUGUUCAAAGAGGUCCUCCAGACAGACGGCUCCAUGCGCAGCGCUCCAGACAACACUACAGAUUCAGUGGAAACAGGGAACUAUUCCAUGCCCAGCGACAGUCAGAGGAGCAGAAGAGCCACAGAGAGACGCAGCUUCUAUCGUUGGAGAAGGGCAGCCACCUCCAGGCCUGAGCGUGUCUGGCCGGACGGAAUCAUUCCGUAUGUGAUCAGUGGAAACUUCAGUGGAAGUCAGCGAGCAAUUUUCCGCCAGGCAAUGCGUCACUGGGAGAAAUACACCUGCGUGACCUUUACUGAGAGGACAACAGAGGAGAGCUACAUCGUUUUCACCUACAGACCUUGUGGGUGCUGCUCUUAUGUGGGCAGGAGAGGUGGCGGCCCACAGGCCAUUUCCAUCGGGAAGAACUGUGACAAGUUUGGCAUCGUGGUGCAUGAACUCGGCCACGUGAUCGGCUUCUGGCACGAGCACACUCGUCCCGACCGAGACGAGCAUGUAAGCAUCAUCAGGGACAACAUCCAGCAAGGACAGGAGUACAACUUCCUGAAGAUGGAGCCUGACGAGGUGGACUCGCUCGGAGAAGGAUACGAUUUUGGCAGCAUCAUGCACUAUGCAAAGAACACCUUCUCCAGGGGCGUCUACCUGGACACAAUCCUGCCCCGUUAUGAUGUCAACGGCGUGAGACCACCAAUUGGACAGAGAACUAGACUGAGCAGAGGAGACAUAGCACAAGCACGCAAGCUCUACAAAUGUGCUAAGUGUGGGGAAACCCUGCAGGAGAGCUCGGGAAACUUUUCCUCCCCAGAUUUUCCCAACGGCUACUCGGCUUACGUCCACUGCGUGUGGAGGAUUUCUGUCACACCUGGAGAGAAGAUUGUUCUGAAUUUUACUUCCAUGGAUCUGUUCAGGAGUCACUUGUGCUGGUAUGACCAUGUGGAGGUCCGAGAUGGGUUCUGGAGAAAAGCUCCUCUCAAAGGUCGCUUUUGUGGAGACACACUUUCUGAACCAAUCGUCUCGACUGACAGUCGACUGUGGAUCGAGUUCAGAACCAGCAGCAGCUGGGUGGGUAAAGGCUUCUCAGCGGUGUAUGAAGCCAUCUGUGGAGGAGAAGUGAAGCGGGACAGUGGGCAGAUCCAAUCUCCCAACUACCCCGACGACUACCUGUCCAACAAGCAGUGCGUGUGGAAAAUCACGGUGGCUGAAGGUUUUGAAGUCGGUCUCUCCUUCCAGUCAUUCGAGAUGGAGAAACAUGACACGUGCUCCUACGAUUAUGUUGAGGUGAGGGACGGAAGUUCUCACACCAGCCCACUGAUCGGCCGUUUCUGUGGCUCCAACAAACCCAGCGACAUGAAAAGCAGCACCAACCAGCUCUGGCUCAGGUUCGUCUCAGACAGCUCGGUGAACAAGGCCGGGUUCGCCGUCAACUUCUUCAAAGAGAUCGACGAGUGCGCCAGUCCAGACAACGGUCACUGCGAGCAGCGCUGUCUGAACACGCUGGGCAGCUACAGAUGUGCCUGUCACCCCGGAUUUGAGCUGUCAAGUGACAAGUCCAGCUGUGAACCAGCAGCCUGUGGGGGGUUCAUCACCAACCUGAAUGGAUCCUUUACCAGCCCCGGUUGGCCCAAAGAAUACCCGCCUAACAAGAACUGUGUGUGGCAAGUGAUGGCACCCAAACAGUACCGCAUCACUCUGGUCUUUGAGGUGUUUGAGACUGAAGGCAACGAUGUGUGUAAGUAUGACUACGUGGAGGUGCGCAGCGGUUUGAACUCAGACUCAAAGCUUCAUGGGAAGUUCUGUGGAGCAGAGAAACCUGAGGUCAUCACUUCUCACCACAACAACAUGACCAUUGAGUUCAAGUCUGACAACACAGUUUCCAAGAAAGGAUUCAAAGCCCACUUCUUCUCGGAUAUGGAUGAGUGUUCGAAAGAAAAUGGAGGCUGUCAGCAUGAGUGUGUCAACACUUUUGGAAGUUACAGCUGCCAAUGUCGCAGUGGCUUCAUGUUGCACGAUAAUAAACACGAUUGCAAAGAAGCGGGGUGUGAUCACAUGAUGAACAGUGUUUCAGGAGUCAUCAGUAGCCCCAACUGGCCCGAUAAGUACCCCAGUAAGAAGACCUGCACCUGGACUCUUUCCACAACUCCAGGUCACCGGAUCAAACUGAUUUUCAAUGAGAUUGACAUGGAGACUCACAUGGAGUGUGCGUACGAUCACCUGGAGAUUUAUGACGGCAGGGACGUCAGUGCCCCAAGUCUGGGUCGAAUCUGCGGUUCCAAGAAGCCUUCUCCAGUCAUUUCCAGCGAUGACAGAAUGUUUCUCCGUUUCUUCUCGGACAACUCAGUGCAGAAGAGAGGAUUUGAAGCGUCAUAUAGGGCAGAGUGUGGGGGGAGCCUCAGAGCUGAGGUCCAGACCAAAGACUUGUACUCGCAUGCACAGUUCGGGGACAACAACUACCCAGGUGGCCUGGACUGCGUGUGGGUGGUGAGCGCUGAGAAGGGCUACGGAGUGGAAAUCAUCUUCCAGGUGUUUGAGAUCGAGGAGGAAGGCGACUGCGGGUACGACUACGUGGAGUUGUACGACGGCGCGGACAUCAAGGCCCCGAGGCUGGGAAGAUACUGCGGCUCGGGGGUCCCAGAGGAGAUUUACUCUGCAGGAGAUGCCAUCGUCUUGAAAUUUCACACCGAUGACAGCAUAAGUAAAAAAGGCUUUCAUGUGCACUACACCAGCACAAAGUUCCAGGACACACUACAUCCAAGCAAGUGACUCCCGAACUUAAUUAAAGCCUUCACUCUCUAACCUUCAACUGGUCACACCCAGCGCCAGCCAGGACUAAAUCCAUUUAAACCACAAACAUCACACCACAUCCUUCUUCUCAAACCUCAAAGAAAUGCUGGGAAUUUAAAUGGUCAUUCUCCUGGAUGUUAGGAGGAAAGAGAGAUGUGAAUGUGAUUUGGAUUCACACAAGUUGAAAUGUAUAUACUGUUAUAUAAGUCAGCAUUGAGCUCCAAUGUAGCGGCUCACCAUUGUUGUAUGAUACGUCAACACAUUGAUGAUUGUAUUUUAGAAGUACAGAAUGAAAAGAAGAAAAAAAAACUGUGUGUAUUAUUCUUCUCAACGAUAAGUCAAGUGCUUUCAGACUUUCUCUGCAGUCGUAGGUUAUGAAAGGCAAUGGACCAGAUUCAAAAUAAACCUAAUGUGUGAAACAGAAGAGCCAAAGAGGAGGAGGAAUGAAGAAUACUGUUCUAACACCAGUUUGAUUUAAAGAUCUACUGUUGAAGUGUAUUGUGUGCUGUUAAACAAAUAUAUUAUAUCUUGGCCCGGGACUUGAGUUUGACAUCACUGAAGUAUGUUGACUGUGUACAAUUUAAAUCUCUGAAUUAUACUGCUCACAAAGGUUUGCUUGUUUCAAAGGCUGCCAACAUUUAUCAUCUCUGAUAAGAAAACAGACCGACUUGACUCUGGGUGCAUUCAGCUUUUUCGAAUCAUGAUAGGACAAACUGACAGGUGUAUUUUUUCCAUGUCUCAUAUCAUACUCAUAUCAUAUCAUAUUUUAUUCAAAAUAACAGAUAAACAAGCAACAUCCUUAAAAAUCACCAGUUGAUUUUAGUUAUAAUGAAAACAGUACAAGCGUUUACAUCUUCGAUUCAUUGUGUACUCUCCACAAAUUGACUUUGCGUGUAGAAAGAUUAAAAGGAAUAGCUCGGUACUGUUUUUGCUUUGUGCUAAAUCUUUGGCAGGAAAACCUUAAGGGGUUCAUUCUCAUGCACUUUAUCCAGGAACCCCAGGUUGAAGUAC